AUGGAGCAAUUCAACACUGAGAUGGACAAGCUCAGGAAGGUGGUGGCUCUGACAGCUGAGAUGGCUGACAUCAAGGUGAAGCUCAGGUGCUCUCAGGAACAGUUUGUGGACAUGCUGCAGAAGUACUACACUCAGCAGUUGGUUCAGCUUGAGGAUCCUGAUGCUGUGCCUGAUUGGGUGAUGCUCAGUUUCAGGAAUGAACUCAGUCAGAUCUUCAAAGACUUCAAGGGUUACCCAAAGAUCACUCAGGGGCAAUGGAUUAGGAUUCUCAAGACAGCUCUUCAGGAUGCUCAGGAUAUGGAAAAGGAGUUGAAUGCACAGCCUGACCAUGAGGUGAUGGAGGUGCCUGACAAGGUUUUGUGGACUCAGAAGGGUGGCAAAGGGCGCUACCAGCUUCAGCCCAAUGAUCCACCUCAGGAACCCUCAUGCUUAGCACUCUUCAACAACAUGGACUCAGAAAACAUUGUGGAGACUGCCAAUGAUGCUCAGGGCUAUGUCAAGUCUGAGCUCCAAAAGCUGAACAUCAAUGAGAUUGACAAGCUCCUGGACAGCUCAGAAUCAGAUCAGAAGCCCAGUGACUUGGACAAUGUACCUGACCUGAUUGAGGACAUGAAGUCCAAGAUUCUUCUACUUGAGCAGGCACUUGAAUCUCAGGAGCUCACAAUGCUUAGGCUCAGGCAACAUGCUAAGAACAUGGAAGAGGAGCAAGGUGAGCUCAGGGCUUUGCAUGCUGAGCUUCAACUCUCAGUGAAAAGAUCUCAGUCCUACUGGGAGCAGAAGCUGUCUCAGGAUCUUCUGAAUAAGGAAGCUCUGAGAAAGUUCAUGGUAUUGGAGGCACCACCUUCCUCUUCGUUUAUGCCUCCGUUACGCCUGGGGUGCUCUUUUCAGGUGGUGGCUCUGACAGCUGAGAUGGCUGACAUCAAGGUGAAGCUCAGGUGCUCUCAGGAACAGUUUGUGGACAUGCUGCAGAAGUACUACACUCAGCAGUUGGUUCAGCUUGAGGAUCCUGAUGCUGUGCCUGAUUGGGUGAUGCUCAGUUUCAGGAAUGAACUCAGUCAGAUCUUCAAAGACUUCAAGGGUUACCCAAAGAUCACUCAGGGGCAAUGGAUUAGGAUUCUCAAGACAGCUCUUCAGGAUGCUCAGGAUAUGGAAAAGGAGUUGAAUGCACAGCCUGACCAUGAGGUGAUGGAGGUGCCUGACAAGGUUUUGUGGACUCAGAAGGGUGGCCAAGGGCGCUACCAGCUUCAGCCCAAUGAUCCACCUCAGGAACCCUCAUGCUUAGCACUCUUCAACAACAUGGACUCAGAAAACAUUGUGGAGACUGCCAAUGAUGCUCAGGGCUAUGUCAAGUCUGAGCUCCAAAAGCUGAACAUCAAUGAGAUUGACAAGCUCCUGGACAACUCAGAAUCAGAUCAGAAGCUCAGUGACUUGGACAAUGUACCUGACCUGAUUGAGGACAUGAAGUCCAAGAUUCUUCUACUUGAGCAGGCACUUGAAUCUCAGGAGCUCACAAUGCUUAGGCUCAGGAAAGAUGCUAAGAACAUGGAAGAGGAGCAAGGUGAGCUCAGGGCUUUGCAUGCUGAGCUUCAACUCUCAGUGAAAAGAUCUCAGUCCUACUGGGAGCAGAAGCUGUCUCAGGAUCUUGUGAAUAAGGACGCUCUGAGAAAGUUCAUGGAAACUCAUCAAAUGAGUGAACUAGAUCUCAGGCAGCUGAUGCAAAAGUCUCCUCAGAUUGAUCACAAGCCUCAGGACUCAGUGAAGGAAGUUGUGGAUGUAUAA